AUGGCUACCCUGCUCCGCAGCAAGCUGACCAAUGUGGCCACGUCCGUGUCCAACAAGUCCCAGGCCAAGGUGAGCGGCAUGUUUGCCAGGAUGGGGUUUCAGGCGGCUACGGAUGAGGAGGCGGUGGGCUUCGCGCACUGCGACGACCUCGACUUUGAGCAUCGCCAAGGCCUGCAGAUGGACAUCCUGAAAUCAGAAGGCGAGCCCUGCGGAGAGGAGGGCGCCGAGCCGCCCGUCGAAGGAGACAUCCAUUACCAGCGCGGCGGCGCUCCUCUGCCACCGUCUGGCUCCAAGGACCAAGCCGUGGGAGCUGGUGGCGAGUUUGGGGGUCAUGACAAGCCUAAGAUCACGGCGUGGGAGGCGGGCUGGAACGUGACAAACGCCAUUCAGGGCAUGUUUGUGCUGGGCCUACCUUACGCCAUCCUCCACGGCGGCUACCUGGGGUUAUUCCUCAUCAUCUUUGCUGCAGUGGUGUGUUGCUACACCGGCAAGAUCCUCAUCGCAUGCUUGUACGAGGAGAACGAAGACGGCGAGGUGGUGCGCGUGCGGGACUCUUAUGUGGCCAUAGCCAACGCGUGCUGUGCACCCCGUUUCCCCACGCUGGGUGGCCGCGUGGUUAAUGUGGCCCAGAUCAUCGAGCUGGUGAUGACGUGCAUCUUGUACGUGGUGGUGAGCGGCAACCUCAUGUACAAUAGCUUCCCGGGGCUGCCCGUGUCGCAGAAGUCCUGGUCCAUCAUCGCUACGGCCGUGCUGCUGCCCUGCGCCUUCCUGAAGAACCUCAAGGCCGUCUCCAAGUUCAGUCUGCUGUGCACGCUGGCCCACUUCGUCAUCAACAUCCUGGUCAUCGCUUACUGCCUCUCGCGCGCGCGUGACUGGGCCUGGGAGAAGGUGAAGUUCUACAUCGACGUCAAGAAAUUUCCCAUCUCCAUCGGCAUCAUCGUGUUCAGCUACACGUCGCAGAUCUUCCUGCCCUCCCUCGAAGGUAACAUGCAGCAGCCCAGCGAAUUCCACUGCAUGAUGAACUGGACGCACAUCGCCGCCUGCGUGCUCAAGGGUCUCUUCGCGCUCGUCGCCUACCUCACCUGGGCAGACGAAACCAAGGAAGUCAUCACCGAUAACCUGCCCGGUUCCAUCCGCGCCGUGGUAAAUCUCUUCCUGGUGGCCAAGGCGCUGCUGUCCUACCCGUUGCCCUUCUUCGCGGCCGUCGAAGUGCUGGAGAAGUCUCUCUUCCAGGAAGGCAGCCGUGCCUUCUUCCCUGCCUGCUACGGAGGCGAUGGUCGCCUCAAGUCGUGGGGGCUGACGCUGCGCUGUGCGCUGGUGGUCUUCACGCUGCUCAUGGCCAUCUACGUGCCGCACUUCGCGCUGCUCAUGGGUCUCACCGGCAGUCUCACCGGCGCCGGCCUCUGCUUCCUGCUGCCCAGCCUCUUCCACCUGCGCCUGCUCUGGCGCAAGCUGCUUUGGCAUCAGGUCUUCUUCGAUGUGGCCAUCUUCGUCAUCGGCGGCAUCUGCAGCGUGUCCGGCUUCGUGCACUCACUCGAGGGCCUCAUCGAGGCCUACCGAACCAACGCAGAGGACUAG